AUGGGCGAUGAUUUCCACCGUUGGGCUCGGGCGGCCCAGGACUAUAUCGAACUUGUUCCGCCACCAGACCGCAGAAUUGUGCUGCUAUCUCUCAUUGAGGGCGAGGCCAAUGAUAUUGCGCGAGACGAAGGUGUCCUCGAUGCCCCCAUCACUCCAGAAGCCUUCCAGAGACUUCGGGACUGUCUCACAGAUUGCCUCCACGAAGCGAAAUUUUUUCAUCAAUAG